AUGUCGUCCAAGGUCAAGGCUGCUCAGCUCUGGGGCAAGAACAAGGAGGACCUCUCCAAGCAGCUCGAGGAGUUGAAGACCGAGCUCAACCAGCUCCGCGUCCAGAAGAUCUCCAGCGGUGCUUCGUCCAAGACCAACCGAAUUGGCGAUGUUCGCAAGUCGAUUGCUCGCGUGAUGACCGUCAUCAACGCCAACCAGCGCGCCCAGCUCCGUCUCUUCUACAAGGGCAAGAAGUACACUCCCUCGAUCUCCGCCCCAAGCUCACUCCGCAAGCGCCAGAUCCACUUCCCCCAGCGGAAGUUCGCCGUUAAGGCUUAA